AUGGCGGCCGAAUCCUUGACACUGCUGGAUCAUUCUCGCAGGCAGACAGCCGAAUAUUUUGAAGAAGUCGAACACCUAGAAGAAAAGCGUCAGACACUGGAAAAGGCGCUUGCGGAGGCAACGGCAGAAAAGCACCGGCUUCACCAACACACAACGACAGGAGAAAAGGGAUUGAUUGAAAUUGUGUCCGAAAAGCAAACUGCUUCGUUGCGUCUUCUUCUUCACCAAGCGGAGGUGAACAGUCUGAAAGCCAAGGUUGAGGAGAUCGGGCGGAUUCGAUCGGCAUUUAUUCUGUCCAGAAAAGAUGGCAGGGAGAAACAUAGGGAUGAGUGCUCCAAGCUGCUUCAAACAGUCCGAUCGUCUGACUUUCGCACAGUUGCGCAAACUGCCAGGCAGCAGGCGGAAAUCGUUACGAAGAAAAUUAGGCAAUCAGAAGAAGAUGUGAAGUCCGUUCGGGCUGAAAUGUGUGCACAGAGGUCCAAUAUUUCUAUCACCGAGACCGCUUUGCAACGUCAGAAGAGAGAGGUUGACAACUUCAAAUUAGAACAAAAAAAACUAGAGGCCAGUCUCAAGAUGGCAUCAUCAUUGUCUGCAGCCACAGCUUCCGAGCUGGACCAACUUCGGCAAUCCGAGCAGGAACUGCUUGGUAAACGAUCUGCUCUUUUACAGGAGACGGCGAGACUACGAGGCCAAACGUACCAGGGGGAAACCUGGAGGUUAUAA